AUGUCUGAGCUGAACAGAGAGGUGGUGGAUUUGGUUUGGGGGAAACCCUCCAAUGGAGUGGUGUCUGCAUCCAUCUUUCGUAGAUGGGCUCAAGGAUUUGUCUUCAGUGAACACGAACGCACGGCACUGGAGCAGUUUGAAGGGGGCCCGUGUGCUGUCAUUGCACCUGUUCAGGCAUUCCUGCUAAAGAAUAUUUUAUUCAAUAGUGAAAGUCCCAAUUGGAAACAGAUGUCUGAUGAAGAACAAAAAACUGCACUGUGUUCAACGCUUACAGAGAUCUUAGAAUCUGCUUGUUCCAGUCCCUCCACAGGAUACUGCUUAGUGACAUGGGCCAAAGGACAGAGCCCACAUACCAGCAGCACGCACCCAAACACAGACAAACAAGUCCAACAGAACUCACAGGAUGUACCAGAGAGCAGUCAGCCAGCACAAGAGCCAACUGCUCUGGCUGUUGGGGAUUUUGACUUUGAAAGAUUUCACAGUGUGCUUCAUAAACGAUCUAUCAUGUCUGUUGCUGAUGUCAGGGAAGAGGUGCUGUCUCUUUACCACACCUGGAGGGGGUGCUGUGGAGUCUUGCUUUUCCUUUAUUCUAUGAUUUUCACUAAGGGAAUAGAGAAUAUACGGAAUGAGAUCCAGGACACGUUGGAGCCUCUAAUAGAUCCAGUGCAUGGCCAUGGCAGCCAAAGCCUGGUGAACCUUCUCGUCACUGGCCAUGCUGUUUCGAAUGUGUGGGAUGGAGACCGGGAAUGUUCUGGCAUGCAGCUGCAUGGCAUACACAAGCAGGCCAUGGUUGGUUUUCUCACCCUCAUGGAAUCCCUUCGCUACUGCAAGGUCGGUGCAUUCCUCAAAUCUCCAAAAUACCCUAUUUGGAUCCUUGGCAGCGAGACCCACCUCUCAGUGUUCUUCACCAAGGAGAUGUCCCUGGUGGGUCCCGAAUCCCCCUCCGAACAAGCGCGGAGGGUCUUCCAGUCAUUCGACCCUGAAGAUAAUGGGUUCAUCCCUGACGCUCUACUGGAGGAUGUGAUGAAAGCCCUCGACCUGGUGUCCGAGCCAGAAUAUGUCAAUUUGGUGAAGACGAAGUUGGAUCCAGAGAGUUUGGGAGUGAUUCUUCUGGGGCCAUUUCUACUGGAGUUCUUCCCAGAUCAGGAUUCAGGAAUCCCAGACUCAUUUCCGGUCUACCACUACAAUGGCCUCAAACAGUCCAACCUCAACGAACGGGUGGAGUACGUGGAGGGGACGGCGGUGGUGCUAGGCUUCGAGGACCCCAUGGUUCGGACCGACGACACUCCGGUGAAGCGCUGCCUGCAGACCAAGUGGCCCUUCAUCGAACUGCUGUGGACCACCGACCGCUCCCCGUCCCUCAACUGA